GACAGCACUAGUCUUAUAACUUGCGGCUAAGUUUGAUAUUAGUCCUUAGACUUGUAAAUUUAAUUUUACGAACUUUAAACUCUUUAACGAGCUUUAAUUUAAUUCGCUUACUUUUUUUUAUUAGAGAGGCGACUAUUGUUCACUCCAAUGCAUCUGUACAUUUAUCUAUCUUUUAUCUUAUUUUAUAUUUUAAUUCUACCGCUCAUUGGAUAUAAUCCAUUACAUUACAGAUAGUAAAACGUGAAUCUCUUUUUUUUUCUUUUUCUUCUUUUUUUGAUCUUUCGACGUACAAUGUAUUAUAAAAUUUAAAUUCAAUUCACGUUUCUUGGAUCCGAUCAAUCAGACGGAGCAGUUUUUCGCUCUUAAAACGAUCUAAACAUGUUCCCGCCACCCCCCCCUUAUAUUUUCACCUUUUCCCACUCUGCUCACUAUUUGCUUCCUCUACGGGAGUUUUGGGGUGCAUCCAAAGGCCCCAAACCAUACACAACUUAAGAUGCUUUAAAUGUCUCUCCUUACACUCGCCUCGUUUGUUCACAGCCCCUUGGUUUCUUUUGAAACCGUUAGUGCGUGCAAGGUGUUUGAUGAAAUGCUACACUGAUGAAGCACUAGAGCUUCUUGAGUUCUUUCCCAGUCCUUCCCGUUAUUGUUCUACAAGCUUGGUGAUGGGAACUCUCCGCUGCUCUUCUGGGCUCACGAUUGUACUAAAUGGAAAUUGCUCCAAACCAUGUAAGAACUACAAUGGGCUCUCGCGGAUGCACGGAUGCUCGAAAGCCCGAGUAUCAAUUUUUACUAAUUUCAAGAACCCAUGCUUGAGAGCCUUCGAAUUGCUUGCUGUUCAUUCGGCCGCGACGGAUCUUGAGAUCAUAGAUAGCCCGGUUGCGGAGGAAACCAUAAAUCCUUAUCCUUAUCCACUUUCGCAACCUCUUCGGCGCCGAUGGUGCGAAGAUGAUCGGUUGUGGACUGCUUCAGAGAUUGCAGAAGCCAUUAACGGAGAAAUUAUUCGCCGAGCUCCCUCCGGAACCAUCUCUAUCGACAGCCGUACGCUGGUGCCCGGCCAGUGGUUUUUCGCAAUUCAUGGCGAGAAUUUCGAUGGCCAUGAUUUCGUCGACGAGUCAUUAGCUGAUAAAGGUUGCGUCGGAAUCAUAGGAAAUAGAGUGUGUGGGAACUGGGAUAGGGGUUUCAUUAGAGUGGAAGGGGAUACACUCAUUGCCCUAGAGAAGUUGGCGAAGUACGCACGUAAUAGGUUCGACGGCAUUUUGGUGGGCUUAACCGGGAGUGUAGGAAAGACUACAACAAGAAGCAUGAUUAGUCUCGCACUCGAGAGCCUUGGGCGCACGCACCAAACUCGCGGGAACUUCAAUUAUAUGGUCGGGGUCUCACUUACGUUGAUUGGAAUACCUUUGGAUGCGAAAUUUGCGGUUGUGGAAUUAGGGUUCGGAGGGCUGGAAGGAGAGAUACUGAAGAUGGCACAAAUGUGCCAGCCGUCAGUGAGAGUACUUCUGAAUGUGCGGCAUUCUCAUAUGGAGCACUUCACUAGUUUGGAAGAUGUUGCGAGAGCCAAAGGGGAGCUGUUAAAAGAGGCGCAGCCGGGUGACAUUUGCGUACUUAAUGCAGAUGAUCCUCUUAUCAUGAAUGUUCCUGUGCCAGCUGGUGUGCAGAAGGUGCUUUUUGGGCAAAAGAGAGGAUGUGAUGUUCGAUUGGCAUUGGCUGAGAGCAUUGAUGGGGGUCGUUCAGUGCGUGUGGUCUUAGAAAGUAACGUAAGUGCAUACCGCAAUCUGUUUCCGGUUCCAAGAGAAUCGGUUCAUGAGCUGGUUGAAUUUAAAAUCCCUGCCCCUGGUCUUCAUCUGGCAACAAAUGCAUGCGCUGCAGCAGCAGUUGCAGCAUCUUUAGGAAUUCCCCUUGCCCAAAUCGGAGAAUCCUUAUCGAGAUUCAGGCCUGUUCCCAUGAGAUCAGACGUCCAAGUUACAGAAGACGGCAUUACGAUCAUUGAUGACACCUACAAUGCGAACCCCACAAGCAUGGCAGCGGCUAUAAAUUCCCUAAAAACAAUGCAAUGCAUGGGUAAAAGGGUCGCAAUACUUGGGGAUAUGCUCGAAUUGGGUGCCGCAGAGGCUGAGGCUCAUGAGCUUGUGCUGAAACUUUGUUCUGAUCCUUGUAUUGGGUUGGUGAUAUUAGCCGGGAAGAGAUUCACUGCAGCAGCGGAGAAAGUGAAUUUUAUGAGGAAUCAUAAUGUUCUCUGUGCUACUGAUGCAGAAUCGCUUCUUGCAAGAAUGAAUGAGCUGUUGGCUGCGGGAGAUGUAGUUUUGGUAAAGGGCAGCCGGGGAAUGCAGAUGGAGAAGGUUGUCGAUAUGAUUAAGGCAGUCAGUGGCUAGCAGAAAAGCCAUCUUCACGAUUAUGACAACUUUAAUAUCUGUGCUGUUGGUGUAUCUUUAAACUGUAAUCAUAGAUAUGAAGACUAGUUGAAAAGCUGCAAUGUUUCUUCAUUUGGAGAUGAUGUAAUUAUAUUCGCGGUUCUGAAGGCAUUCAAAUGUCAUCAGCAACCGUAAUGCUACAUGUAAUUUAAAUGAUCGUAAAUAUAUAAUCUUUGUUACAGUUACCUGUAAACUUUCAUUAUAUUGUCUGAAUGAUGUAUUAGUUGAAAUCUUCUGAUGAUGUUUAGUUGGAAUAAAAUCUGUUAAUAGGAGAGGAUUGCUUGCUCAAA